CAUCCUCAUCCGGGCAAUUUAGGUUGACGCAUGCGCUUUAGCAUUAGUGUCGUCGUUGAGAGCUUCACAGGAAAAGCUGAGAAAAAUUUCGGAGUUCCACACAGUAUUGCUUUCUACUUGCUGUCCAAUCAAUAAUGUCUGAUGAACCAGCGGAAUGUCCUUUGUGCAUGGAAGCACUUGAGAUCGAUGAUCACAGUUUUUUCCCUUGCACCUGCGGAUAUCAAAUUUGCCGGUUUUGCUGGCAUAGAAUUCGCACAGAUGAGAAUGGUUUAUGCCCAGCUUGUAGGAAGCAAUAUCCAGAGGACCCAGCAGAAUUCAAACCUCUCACUGAAGAUGAAUUGCAAAACAUCAAGAAAGAGAGGAAACAAAAAGAUGUGCAAAGAAAGCAAAAAGCUGCGGAGAACAGAAAACACUUAGCCAAUGUCAGGGUUGUGCAAAGGAACCUGGUGUUUGUGGUAGGUCUGUCCCCUCGACUUGCAGAUCCUGAGGUGCUAAAAAAGCACGAGUAUUUUGGCAAAUUUGGGAAGAUUCAUAAGGUGGUGAUAAAUCAGAGUACAUCGUACGCAGGCUCCCAGGGUCCAAGUGCGAGUGCCUAUGUUACUUAUGUGAAACCAGAGGAUGCUCUCAGAGCGAUUCUUACUGUGAACAAUGUUCAUGUAGAUGCGCGCACGUUAAAAACAUCCCUAGGAACUACUAAAUACUGCAGUCAUUUUUUGAAAGGCUCCCAUUGCCAAAAGAAUGACUGUAUGUAUUUACACGAGUUGGGAGAAGAAGCUGCUAGUUUUACUAAAGAUGAAAUGCAAGCAGGGAAACAUCAAGAGUAUGAACAAAUGCUGAUAGAACAGUUUUUGAAUGCUCAAAAUUCUGCAAAUAAUCACGUCACUGCUCAUACAAAAUUGAAAAAGUCUACGUCUCCGCAGUCUAUAGAGAAUUCCGACGUGAUUCCAUCGUUGAUGGACAUGACAGGUGAUAUCAAGCACUCGCUCCCCUCGUCGGGUCCAUUGUUACCCAACCCUGGCGGGGCGGGCAGUCAGAGCCAACAGAACUCGCAGUCGUCGGGCUGGCCGCUACUGGAGUCGCCCGCGGGCUCCCCGGCCCCGGGCGGUGGCAGUAAAGGGGAGAGUUCCUCAGGUUCCAGCUGUAGGGCCCAGUCGAGUAACGGUAAAAGCCAACACAGAACGGGCACCCCUCCGGAGAUGGGAGGCGGUUCCAGUAGCAGGGCCGUGGGGGCGGGCCGGCAGAGGGGGAGUAGCGGUGCCGUCAAUGGUACAAUGGAGGAAAAUCAUAUACACAGUAGUAAUAACCCACCAGGUGGUAGCAAUAGCUCAUCAGUAUCCCCGAGUGGGGAGCGGGAGGAGUUGUCCCCCCUCAGCAACGGGCCGGCCGUGCCUCCUGCCCGAGGUCUUCCACUCCCUACACCGCCCACGAUCAGUUCCAGCAGUCAGCAACAGCCGCAGCCACCCGUCUCGCCUCGGUCUGCUGCUGCCGCUGCGUCUUCUGCGUCGUCGUCGGUGACCAGCCCACCUGCCAGCCUCACCCCACCCUCUGCCCUAGUCAGCUCCCCAAACACAACGCUCGGUAUUCAGGGGCAGAGUUCGUUGCUUCAACAUCCGCAUCAGUCUGGAGAUCCUGUCUUAUGCGGUAUGGUUGGUGCUAUUGGGUCUAACAGAAGGCCAGUUAUGUCCGAAGCCAAUGGUGCCCAAGGUCUUUCAUUCUUUGGUAAUAAUCUGCUUCCCCCAGGGUGUCCUGCGCGGCCCCAGCAGGCCCCGUCACCAAGUGCAUCAUCACAAGAAAUGCCAAAUGUUUCGUUGCCAAAUCCAGAGAUGGCGGACUCCUUGCCGGUGUCCUCCAGCACAGACUGGUCCGCUGCCUUUGGGUUUAAAAGCAAAGACUUGCCUCCAGAUGAUGAUCUAGGUUUCGAUCCGUGCGCUGAAUCAUUCAAAGGCCUGGCAGAUCUUAUAGAGAAGGAGAACGGCAUGCACCAACAACAGAGUCUACACCAGCAGGCGGCCGGGCCACACCUCCAGGGCCGGCGGCUGGCCUCUCCCCCACACAGUACCGGCUUCCCCGCACACUCGGUGGCCCCAACAGCACACCAGAACAAUACUCAGCCUCCUCUGAGAAACCUGCCCCCGGGCUUCUCAAUCUCCCAUAUACAGCAGCAGCAGCAGCAGUUGCAGCAACAACAACAGCAUUUCUUCAGGCCUGCAGAGAUUGGGAGCUCGAAAAUGUUAGAACUUCUCCCCCAGUUUGCCCCCGCCACACAGCAGCGGUUCCCUCCCCUACACAGUUACCCCAGCAUGCCGCUGGACCUUCACGCACAGCAACAGCAGCAACAGCGUGAACUGUACAAUAUGAAAGACAUGCAGGAGCAGCUGCGAUCAAUGCUUCCAAACAUCAACAUCAGUUUUGGUUCAGUGCCACACCAACAGCAGCAGCAGCAGCAACAACAACAACAACAACAACAACAACAACAACAACAGCAUCAAACCCAGCAGCAGCCACAGAUUCCCAGUUCCAUGCACCACACACAUCAGAGCCAGCAUUUAAACAAAAGUUGGCCUCUGUCCAGCUCUCCCGAUUCUCCGUGGAAUGAUCCAGCCAUUUUGACUACCAGUCAGUUUUCAGAUCCUGCAGCGGGUUUGUUCCCGGAGACCGCUCCUCACUGGCUCAAGUCUCUGCAGCAACUGACAGAGUCGGACGGCCCCUCCCACAGACUGCCCUUUGUCCAGCAGUUCCCUCUGGCUGGAUCCGGGGGCUGGCCCCCACACACACGCAACCCCCCGCCAGGCUUUCGCGCCCCGGGACUCCCCAGCCAACAGACCACAGAUUCUCACCAGAUGGCAGAAGUGCUCCAGUAGCAGAUGAUGAACACAAGUGGCCGUAAAGCGUGCAAGCUUCUUGCUCAAUUUUUUAAACUAUCGGCUACCUUUAUCUUUUACGUAGAUCAGAACUUGAAAGAAGCGGUGUUCCCCCUUUUACUUUUGACAAAGAUUUCUCAUAGUUUUCAUCAUGGAAUUUUCCUUGCAUCCUCCACAAGGUCACAACAGUUGUAAUGUGAGCAAACCCGUGCUCAGGGAAUAUUAUUAUGGAUAGCAUAUUGUAGCUGUGGUCAUUGAUUCAAUGUGUUCCUUGUAGCUCUCUACAAUUGUAUUCUUUUGUAUCACUCGUUCGAGCUGAUGGCUUUGCACAAUAAACAAAAAAACCCACCCCUGCGAAACUAGUGGGUUCUCUGAGGUCUCCAACUGCUGGGACGGGGACAGUGGCAGAAAAAAAAGACUUAUUUUGAAUCUGCAGUUCCAAAUUUAGACAUUUCCUCUUUUUAUUUCCAUAAUCUCAGGUCGUUGGAAAACUUGAAAUAGUGUGGUUGAAGAGAAUUUGUGCUGUAAUUGUUGCUACAUAAAAGGAAUGAGUUAAGCACCCCACAAGUCAAUGUGAUAUCUCGAGAGCUGUCGGAUUUCUUACAUGUAUGUAUUGCUUUUAUUAGUGUUUGUGUGAGAGAAGUUGUGCUGAAGCCAUAGGCAGGUGUAAGGGGUGGAAGUCUGUAGAUGUAAGAACAGUUUUGCCAUGAGAAUGCUUUAGCUUUUGCCUUGAUAGUGUAAUUCGGUUUGCUGAUAGAUAAAGUGGGUUGAAGAGAGAUAUAGAAAUGAAAAGGGGGAAUCAAGCCACAAUGGUUAUGUGCUUGUAGUUCAGAAGAUGCUUUUAUGUCUGAUUAUGAAUGCUACACAGGUGUGAUUGUCAGCGAGGUUGUCAGAAUUUCAGAAGUGCCUCUUCUGUAGAGAUUUCUGUUUUAGCACUGGGAUGGGGCUCCCUCACCCCAAAUUUGCAGACAUUGAUAUUGAUGGUGUUGGGCACAGUUGGGCCAUCUCCCAGGAAGCCUAUUUUACUGGAGAGGCUAAAAACUUUGUAAUUAAUCUUAUCAAAGACUACUUCAAAUCAAAUUUCAUGUCGAUAUUUCAUGCCCUUCCAAAUGUUGGAAUUUUUGCAUCAUUUUUCGAGAUGAUUGUGUUUGACCCUGCUUUACAACAUAAUCAAAAGUUGAAUUUGAUAAAAUAUUGGCAUGCGCCGGACACCAUCAAUAUAAUACAUCCUUGAUCUAAGUGCCUCGUUUUUGCCGAGGUGGUUUCAGAGAUCUUGUGUGCCUUGUGGAGGAUGCAAACAAGUCAUUAGGAAGAUGUCGCCUCAUAAGGAAGGUAUCGCCUCGUUGAGGAGGUAUCGAUCACCUCGUCAAGGUGGUGUUGGUCUGCUGUACUUGUGACCUGCAGUUGCCAUAAAUAUAUCAAGUUAUGUGAACCCUGUCAAGUUGGGAUAAUUUGACGGCGUGCAGACUCUCUUCUUUUACAGUAGCCUACCUAGGUAUGGAAAUAUUGCUUUAAUUGAACUUGCGGGAUUAUAUUAUCAUUUUAAAUCUGGUUUUUACGUUUCUUUUACCAGAACAGGAUCAUUGACUUGAGACAUACAGCACAGUGAACAUGGCACCUCAGUUGGGUGAACUAGACAUGAUAUCGUUUGGUUCCAUAGUAACUUUAUAAUAUAAAACCAUUUUAUUUUUCAUUUCCCCCUACUUCCUUCAAUAUUCGUUCCUUUUUGUUCCCCCCCCUGAUUAUUGAGACAAAUUUCUGAUCUUCUCGAGUCUCCGUAUAGCCUAGCUCAUUUUUUUCUGUGAACAGUGAAGUACCAUUUUGUUAUAUAGUUUCAAGUCUGGUCAAUGUGGAACACAUUUACUAAUUAAUCAUUAACUUAAUUUGAACCUUUUUCUGUCUGUGAUGAAAACAUAGCUGCACUAAAUGAAAAGAUUUCAUCUUCUUAUGAUUGUAUGGAUACAUAUUAUGACUCGGGUGUAGAGUCCCAAAUGUCCACUACCAAUGGGUUAUGCACAUUCACACACACACACACACACAAACACAAAUACAUGCACAUGUGCACGCGGGAGGAGGCGUGUUCCCUGUGAAGCAACAGUGGCUUGCUGUGAGGCGGAGCUAUCAAACACAUACAAGAAAAUCCUAUUUAUCCUUACUACAUGUUGGUGUGGCUAUGACAGCUUGGUCUUGUGUAAAGCAAGCAGUGAGACUGACAAUAAAAUGAAAUGCAGUAAGAAUGUC